UGUCCAUGAUUUGGGAUCCCACAAUUCCCUGACCCUCCUGCCCCAGCACCGAUCCCGAGCGUUGAUUUUUAUCUCCCUCAACCCUUCCCAUGGCAAUUUCCUCCCUGAAAUCAGGGAAUUGAGCCUCUGGCAGUGKCCCUGGGCUGGCUGGGGCAGGAUUCCCCCACAAACAACGAUCCCAUUGCUGUCCCCUCCUCAGACAGACCCCGAGAACACGGAUUACACCAUGGAGCACGGCGCCACCCGCAACUUCCAGGCUGAGAAACUCCUGGAGGAGGAGGAGAAGAGGAUGCAGAAGGAGAGGGAGGAGGAAGAGCUCAACAAUCCCAUGAAGGUCCUGGAGAACCGAACCAAGGAUUCCAAACUGGAAAUGGAGGUGCUGGAGAACCUGCAGGAGCUGAAGGAGCUCAACCAGCGCCAGGCCAACGUGGAUUUCGAGGCCAUGCUGAAGCAGUACAAGGAGCUGGAGGAGGAGCAGAGGCGCAAGGAGCAGGAGGAGGAUGAGCAGGAGAUGAAGUGAGAGGGGAUGG